CAGCUGAUUGUGUGCCCGCGUAAAGUGACUUGCUUAUAAAGUACAUUUAAACUAAAUUCGAGUGUGGUUCAUGAAAAAGUACAAUUAUCUUGAAGACUGUGAUUCCUCUGCACUUGCUAAUAUCUUUGUGUCAACGUUUACUUGGAUAUCCGGCUCAUGAUUCUAUGAUUCUUGUCAUAGCCAGGACUGUCAGAUUGUAAAAUAUUCCGCCGGAGAAAUUUUAAUCAAUCGUGUGUUGUGAACUAGAAAUAAAACCUAAAAGGAAAAAGUUUUUGACUGAAAAACUGAGUGAAUUAAAGUGAUUCAAGUUCUUGCUGAGUUUUCGUCCCAGCAAGUGAGAGUGAAGUGAAAAUGUCUGCCACAACGAUUGCACGUUUGUUGAAUGAGCGCAAGGCCUGGCGAAAGAACCAUCCAUACGGGUUUGUUGCUCAUCCCGCCAAAAAUCCCGAUGGCACUCUUAACCUGAUGAUUUGGGAGUGCGCCAUUCCUGGAAAGAAGUCCACCCUCUGGGAGGGUGGCCUCUACAAACUUCGCAUGAUUUUCCAGGACGACUAUCCUAUCACUCCGCCGAAAUGCAAGUUCGAGCCGCCACUCUUCCAUCCAAAUGUGUUCCCGUCGGGCACUGUCUGCUUGUCGCUGCUUGACGAGAAGAAGGGUUGGCGCCCGUCCAUUACUAUUAAGCAACUUCUUGUGGGCAUUCAGGAACUUCUGGACAACCCGAACGCCAAGGACCCGGCCCAAUUGGAGCCCUACACUGCAUAUACACAGAACCGCCAACAAUACGAAACACGCGUGCGUGCCCAGGCCCGCAAAAUGACACCUAGCGAUUAAUGUAAUCUACACACACACAAUCCCCACAAGAGCGUAUAGAGGCAUGAAUAAAAUGAGUCAUGAUUCAUUAAAUUUAAA